ACUUGUAGUUUAGGCAGAUUUGGUUUCUUUGGAUAAAAAGUGAACAUCCAGAAUAAAAUGCAUUUAUUAACCCUCCUAAUAACGUUUGUCCUUGCACAAAUAGUACAAGCUGCUGACAGUUCAGACGUUGCCUUUUUCACUAGAUUAGUUAAUGAUGCUCAACACCACCAACAAGACUAUGUGAAAUACAUGAAAACAGCUACCGAAGACGUUCCUAGUGACUUCACGUCGAUAGCAAAAGAGAUACAAACUUAUAGGGAUGACUCUUAUACCACAUUGAUUGAUGCUGAUCAUAUAAAUAUGAAUCAAUUAGAAUCCUUUGCGUCUCAGUUACCUUGGUACAGUAAAAGAUUAGCCGGUGGAGGUGGUGGUUCCAACUCCAAAGGAUCUUCGACUUCAAAGGGCCAGUCCAGCUCGGACUCAGGAGACAGUACCCCAACUACAGAAUUCAACUGGAUUCAAGUGACUACAGCAGACUACGAAACUCAAUCCUCAUCCACCGGAGGGGUCAACAGAGUGAUAGCCCCCGCUGGACUUAGCUUUAUUGUCAUGUUAGUAUCACUUAUAUAACGACUCUUUAUGAAAAGAAAACCAGAAUAAAUAAUAGAAUACCGUACCUAUUGGAGAUUGUAGAAGAAGGAGAUCCAAUCAUGUUCCGAC